CCGCUCUCUGUCACCAACAGUUCACUCUGACUCCCACUAGGAAAAGAAUGAAAUUUCGACGUCCUCACAAGCCGACAGACUUGACAGAACGCACUAGGAUAGUGUCAAUGUGGAUGGACGGGAUGACCUGCCGUUCCAUUGCACGAGCAACAGCGAAUAUGUCAACAACUGUACGUAUGACGACACUCAUUGCGUUGUUGAUGGUGAGAAAGUGUGUCGGUAGAACUAUGGAUAGUAAUGCCGGCCUCAGUCACCAAACAGACGUGCUGAUGACGGCUCCCAUGUUCCACAGCGGUGUGGUAGUAGAUCGGUGGAUAGACCAGGUGGGCGAGGUGGUGAGCCAGGUGGUGGAACAGCACCUUGCUGGGUGUCACUUGGUGCUGGUCGAUACAACAACACAAAGCUUAAUGUUCUCAACGAUGAUCAGACAACUGGCAGCAGAUGGAGACAGUGUCGUGGUUGUGGACGGGUGGCGGCUGUUUUCUCAAUCCCCGUUGGCCAAAAGCAAUGGAGCUAUGGAUCAGCUCCUGCAGGGAGUGUGGGGCGACGCCACGCUCACCUGCCGCGCUGUCAUCAUACUUCUUGAUAACAGUAAUGACAAGAAACUUACUUUCAGAUGGGUAUCAGUUCACAUCAGGGACAUGAAGUCAUUGCCUCAUUCCAUCAAAGACCAGUUCCCCAGACUUCAACCCAAAGGUAAGAAGAUCAAAGAACUGCGGGAUAAUGUUGAACUAUUUGGGCAUCUCUAUACCUCUAUGCAGAAUCGAGCUGGGGAUCUUGAAGAAUUUUUUUUUCAUGAAGUACAAGCAAAUCCACCUUCACUUUCAGACUUCAGCAAACUUCAUUUACCAGUCACUAACGCCCAGCUGCUUCGUUUUCUUGGGCAUAGUGAACAACCUGAGGUGCCUUCAUCUAAUGACUGCAAAAUCAUGGAUGGCAUUGUUAUUGUCCAUUCCCUUCCGACAGCAAGU